AUGAGUCUCGCCAACAUCGGCAAGGCCCUCGUGCCCUCGGCCCUGCUCAUCGCAGGUGUCUACGCUGUCAAGCCUGAAUUUGUCCCCUAUGCGAUCGCCGUUGCUGGUCUUCUGGCCGGUUACUUGGCCCUCAACAACAAGCCUCGCAAAGUGUUGAACCCUACCGAGUUCCAGAACUUCGUCCUCAAGGAGAAGAACGAGAUCUCCCACAAUGUCGCCAUCUACCGUUUUGCCCUCCCCCGUCCCACCGAUAUCCUCGGCCUCCCCAUCGGUCAGCACAUCUCUCUCGCCGCUACCAUUGAGGGUCAGCCCAAGGAGGUUGUCCGCUCUUACACUCCCAUUUCCUCCGACAACGAGGCUGGCUACUUCGAUCUGCUCGUCAAGGCUUACCCCCAGGGUAACAUCUCCAAGUACCUGACCACCCUGAAGAUUGGCGACAAAUUGAAGGUCCGCGGGCCCAAGGGCGCCAUGGUCUACACCCCCAACAUGUGUCGCCACAUCGGUAUGAUCGCCGGUGGCACUGGUAUCACCCCCAUGCUGCAGGUUAUCAAGGCCAUCAUCCGUAACCGUCCCCGCAACGGUGGCAACGACACCACCAAGGUCGACCUGAUCUUCGCCAACGUCAACCCUGAGGACAUCCUGCUCCGUGAUCAGCUCGAGCAGUUGGAAAAGGAGGAUGACGGAUUCCGCGUCUACUACGUUCUCAACAACCCCCCUGCGGGCUGGACCGGCGGUGUCGGCUUCGUCACCCCCGACAUGAUCAAGGAGCGCCUCCCCGCACCCGCUGCCGAUGUCAAGAUCCUCCUGUGUGGCCCUCCUCCCAUGAUCAGCGCUAUGAAGAAAGCCACCGAGUCUCUCGGAUUCACCAAGGCGCGUCCUGUCAGCAAGCUCGAGGACCAGGUCUUCUGCUUCUAA